UCUCCCAGUGCAGCAGAGAACAAAAAUACCAAAAUUUUGACAGUUGCUGUCAAAAUUUUCUGGUUACAAGAGAAAACAAAAGAUUCUUUUUUUACAUGAAGAAGUGAAAAAUUAAAAAUUUUUAUUGCAGAAUAUUGUAAAAAAAGUUAUAUUUAUAAAUACCAAGCAAUUGCAAUAAAAGACACAAUAAUAUAAUGAAUAAAAAAACAAACAGAACUAUGACAGCAACAAUGAAAUAAGUUAAACUAUCCAUUUAAAAAAAGCCACAAAGAAAAAGGCGUCGUAUGAAUGAACAAGAAGAAAAAAAGAAAAAGAAAAGGUUGACGACGAGGAGGACUUGUACUUGUAAUAUUAAAAAUAGUAGAAAAAAUCGCCGACGCAUACUCUAGUGCAGAAGACAAAAGAAAUCUUAAAGGGCAGAAAUUUUACAUAGCGAACCCUAUGGAAAACUUGGCCAAAUUUCCGGCCUCCUCAGAGGCUAAACGUAAACAUGAGUCUUCUACGAGAGCUCUGAAUUGUGGUGCAGGUGGUGUUACUACUGCAGCAGGUGCUGUGGGUGGUGGUGUUAAUGCAACGACCGGUAUUGUUGUUAACACGCCUCCCGUUUCAGCUCACACUUCGACUUGGUUGGCUGCCUUGCAUGUCAAUAACAAUAAUAAUACUGAAAAAUCCUUUACGAAUUCAGAGCAGGAACUGCACAAAUGCAAAGUUAAUCCUAGUAAUAACCUCAACACCACCACCACUAACAAUAGCUCAACAAACUCUUCUUUGGCGUGGCAGUGUGAUAGCUGUGAUAUUUAUCAAAAGAAUGGUACAUCAUCAUUGAAUGCUUCAUCUACUCUACCCAGAGUAACACUAAAUGAAGAGGAUGAAGGUGGCGGCACUGCUGGCGAUAACACAAUUGAAAAGCUUCCCUUAUCAUAUAAUGGCUCCGCUUUAGCUUCAGCUGCCCGUGACAUAGACUCGCCAGAUGCUGUAGCUGCUGCAGCUGAUGCUGCUGCUAACACCGCUUCCUUUCUACAAACAGAGACUGAUUAUGUUGCUUACGAUAUGUGUGGUGCCGUUUCGUUAUCACCUCCUCUGCUGGAGGAUCAUUUUGCUAUUUCGGCAACGGGUGGAGCCGGUAUUGGUGGCGGCCAUUCGAAUCGUACUUCCCUAAAUAAUUCCACCGAAAAUCUUAGUUAUAUAAGUGAUAAUUUUUACGGUGACGAUGAUCUCAUACUACUCGAGGAAGAUAUCGAUGUAGAGGCCGAGGAGUUGUCUCUUAACUCGGAUGAUUGUAUUUAUGCCUAUCGCGGUGAGGGGGCAGAAUUCGAUUUGCCCUUGCGGCCUUUGACAGGGGUGGGUGGUAACUUUGGUUUACUGCAUGGUUGUGCGGCAGUAGAUGAAGAGACUGAUUUUUUGGAAAUGGACUUCGAACCGGAUCCUUUGUCGGAGUUGGAAUACAAUCAGGCGCAGAGAAAUUGCUCUAACGAUAAUAAUGAUCAGUAUCUCUUGCAAAGGGAUGCCUGUCAUUUGGUUACACCUACCCAAAGGCAUCAAUUGUUUUCAUCGCCCAUAGAUGAUCUGCCGCCGGCACCUAAGGCUUUGCAGGCCCAAUCAUUAUUAACGAAAAAUUUUGCACGUAUUACUUUACAUUUGGAUCAAAUACAGAAAGACUACAAUGAAGAUUUAAGUGAUGAGGGUAGAGAACGUUUGAAUUCAGCUUUGGAAUCGCGACCCUUGGAGGAGGAGUUUGCCAGUGAUAAUUUAACAGCCGAUACCAGUCAUUCGCUGCCAAAUACUUUACACGAACACUUCACCAAUAGAUGUAACUCUGAAUCGGCCGUGGUCAAUUCUACUAAGGAUUGUUCUUUGGCGGCUCCUUUGCAAACUUUAGCACACAAAUCACCCUCCAAAAUAACCGGAGCUAAGCCGAAACGUUUGUCAACAUUUUCUUCUACAUCAUCUACCUCUUCGAAAAAUUCUUCAAAGUCACGCAACUCAUUGAGAUCAGCUUUUCAAACUACCAGCACUUUAGGCACCAGCUGCAGUUUCGAUGAACGCAGCGUUAGUUGUUCGGAAUUUCGCACAGAACGUGAUUUAUCGGCUAAUACGGCUGCUAGCUCCAAGCAGCCUUUAUUGUCCUCGGCUCCUCAUACCGCCCCCUCAACAGCGGCUAUUUUAAAUCCUGAAUUCAAUGCUUUUACCGAUGACACUUGCUUGGAUUGUUUGGAAAAAGAAUUCCUAGCCAAUACCAUAGGCAAAGCUUUGGAUCCUCAGGGCUGCCUGAAAUGUCGCAAACGUUUGGGUCAUCUAUCGUUAUACAAUACCACACGAUCAUCGACCGAACAUUCAAAAUAUCGUAGAAGUGCUUCGCCCACUACUACGUUCUUCUUUAACGAUCAACCUUCUCCCACUUCAAGGCUGUUUUCAUGUGAAUUCUUAAAUUCGCAGGCUCGCAAAAGGCAGGAAUGGGAUUGUUAUGUGCAGGAGAGUAAAGAAAACGAAACGAUCUGUGGAACGAAAGCAACGACAACGACGACUACCGGAGCUACAAGCGCCAAUGCAACAGCAACUACAGCAGCAGCAACGAAAAAUCAUCAGCCCGCCAAGGGUGGAAUGGUGAAUAUUAAGGAUUUAAACCAAAGUUUAAAGAAUUUAGAAUCAAAGCUUUUGAAAAAUCUCAAGCCUCCUGAUCCUUGUAGCGUUACGGUGCCCACACAAAAUCUCAACGAAACUUGUCUUGUGCAGGCAUUGGACAAAUUACAGGUCGCUUAUAAUAUGGACAUUUUAAGGAAAUGUUUAAAAAAAUACAAUACAAAUUAUUUCGGAAGUUCCACGACGAAUAUUUCAAAAACUUUAAAAGAAUUUCAUAAUCUUAAAGAUUUUCUCAUGUAUGUCUCCAAGAGACCGGGUAAUUAUUUAAAGUUACAAAGGAUAAUAGGUAAAGCAACGCAAAAACAAAUACUAGUGCAAUUUAAAAAGGACCCUUCUAUAAACGCUAUGGAAAUGGUAACCGUUAGAGUUUCCGAUAUAUUAUAUUAUUGGUCUCAGCAUAAAAAUUUGGAUAUUCUUAAAGAAAUGGAUAAACGUUAUCAAGAUACUAAUAUUUUAGGCAAAAUUGCAAAUAUAAUACGGCAAGCUCAUCAACGUUCUUCAUGUUCAUCACGACGACCACUACCAGAAUAUAUUUCCAUACCACAGUAUUAUCCCAGUGGUUUUCUAACAUUAACCAAACAAUGUUAAACAUUCUGUCAUACCACACAUAAACACGAUUUAAAAUACCAGCAAAAAAAAAAAAAAAAAUUAUAUAAAAUACAAUA